UGCAUUUUACAUUGCGUAAAAGUCCACCAGAAAAACUACAAAAAUUGAGGCCACUAGCCUGAUUUACAUAAAGACCCAAAACCAAAUGCAGCCCAGCAAAAAAGCCCCUACCCCUUCCCCAGCCAAAUCCUAACUCUUCCCAAAUCUGGCUGAAGAAAUCUCAGCGCUACCUAAUCUGGACCUACCAAACCAGAGUAACCCAAAGGAGAAUACAAGAGAAAGAGCUGUUGCCAUAACCUUGCAAGGCUUAAAAUCCAACCAUGGCCAAGAAGAAACCCCAACAAACAAUAGAAAACAUAUCUCCGAAAGGAAACCAUGGACUUGUAAAGCUGUCGAUUUGAGGAGAGGAAAAGAGAGACCAUGGUCUUCAAAACCAUGAAGCACCGACAAGUAAACUUUAGAAUUGCCGACUCUUUAAUCCCCAAGUCGUCUUCCUUGACUCUACCCUAAAAACAAGAAACCUGCAUUUUGCCCCCCAAGAAACCAAAGCCAUACAGAUCACUAAAGAAAAAUCCUCCCUUUAAGUACAAGAUCUGUACCACAAAUCAAAACUAAAAGCAUAUCUACACCCAAUUAGAGGGUGGGGAAGGAGACAAGCCCACUCUUCCAUCGCUAGUCCCGGAGACAAUUGUAGCCUUUGAUCUUGCAAAACGGUGCAGAUGGUUAGGACGUUCAAGCCUGCAGGUUGCGCCCAAUGGUCUACCCAGUAAAUUGGGCCAACUAGACCUGGACACCACAAAAUGUAACAGGUGACUUGGGCCUCAGAAGGGAGUGCACAAAUUUAAUGUUUAACUGCAGUUCAAUAAAUCAAUUAUUGCAAUUAAAUUAAAAUAUGAUUUGGGCUUAGGCUAUGGGCUCAUGAAGCCCUAAAACAAACGUGGGCCCAAAUUAGAGUUUCCCUCUUAAAAGUAUUAGUGGUCAUUUCCCUUUUUUUUUUUGGGGAAAUAUUAGUGGUCAUUUCGCUUCUUCUUUUCACUGUGAAGUGUCAACUUCUUCCUGUUCUUCAUCUCGCGUCCACGUUGACCAGCAGUCAUCUCAGCCCAGGGAUAUCCUCUCGCCGGAGAAACAUCGUGCUCCUUCUAUCUAACCUUCUGUUACCACAUCGCGAUAAUGACUCCAGAGUAUGAUUACCUUUUCAAGCUUCUUCUGAUUGGAGAUUCUGGUGUUGGCAAAUCCUGUCUUCUUCUGAGAUUUGCUGAUGAUUCAUAUAUAGAGAGUUACAUAAGCACUAUUGGGGUUGAUUUUAAAAUACGUACAGUGGAGCAAGAUGGGAAGACCAUAAAACUCCAAAUUUGGGAUACUGCUGGGCAAGAACGAUUUAGGACGAUUACCAGUAGCUACUACAGAGGGGCACAUGGUAUCAUAGUUGUUUAUGAUGUGACAGACCAAGAGAGCUUCAAUAAUGUCAAGCAGUGGCUAAAUGAAAUUGAUCGAUAUGCUAGUGAUAAUGUCAACAAACUUCUGGUUGGAAACAAGUGUGAUCUUACUGCAAAUAAAGUUGUGUCCUAUGAAACAGCAAAGGCAUUUGCAGAUGAGAUUGGUAUUCCUUUCCUGGAAACCAGUGCAAAAGAUUCUACUAAUGUGGAACAGGCUUUCAUGGCCAUGGCUGCUGCUAUAAAGGAUAGAAUGGCAAGUCAGCCAGCUACGAACAAUGCAAGACCUCCCACAGUGCAGAUCCGUGGACAGCCUUUUGCACAGAAGAGUGGCUGCUGCUCGUCUUAGGCCGAAAAGAAUUAUUUGUUAAAUCUGCUGGGUCUUGUCUGCAGGCUUAUCCUCGGCUUGGAAGAUUUCCAAUCUGUCUUCAUUCGCUUGAAUUUACAAACCUGUUCCAGAUGAACCAGCCUCAUCAAACUUGCCCUUUUUAAAUGAUUAUAGAACUGUGACAAUAUCUGUUCUUUGGAUGCACUUGGUCUUGUACAAAGUAGAAAUGCUAAUAGAGAUUUCAUAUUGUUGCUUGUGUGACCCAUUCUUUUAACUUUCUUGUGUUACAUUUACCCGUGAGGUUGAAGCAAAUGAAUAGUAGAUGAACCUUUUCAAUAAA